AACUUUGCUCAAAGUCUAAGAGUUACAAAAUCUUUCCUCAGAAGCAGAGUGUCAGAGAGUCAGUGAGGACGUCAGGAUGGGACUCACUUUAGUUUGUGUGCCGGGGCUUUUCUUGAUGAAUAUUCUCCUCUACUGUGGACACGCUCAAGAUAUUUGGCUGUCCACUGAUCCAAACAGGUCCACUUUCUUUACUGGAGAGUCUGUUACCUUCACAUGUGACGUGAGGACAGGAGAAGAGACUGACUGGUAUUACUCAUUCAGGAGGAAUGGCGUUAAUUUUCUCUUCUACAGCACAGACAAGAUAAUUAGAUCACCACCUGUAACUCCAGGCUUCACUGAGAAAUAUCAGUGUUAUGCAACUCACAAGAGAUCAUCAGCUGUUUUCAUAGAAAGUAAUAAAGUGUCUCUAACUGUAACAGAUAAACCCAAGCCGGUCCUCACUGUGUCUCCAUUGUGGCCGAGUCCUGGAGACUCAGUGACUCUGACCUGCAGGGUUGAACAUCCAUCUGCAGGAUGGAGGUUCUUCUGGUACCAGGUUGUUCCCAAACUGGAGUCCUACAGCUAUGAGCUGCUACCUGGUAGCUCCACUGGGACUGAAGAGGACUCCUUCAUUGUUCAUGGACAGACGCACACAGCAGGAUAUGUGUGCAGAGCUGGAAGAGGAGAUCCAUUGUUCUACUCUUCGUAUAGUGAACCUCAGUUCAUCUGGUCUGGAGAUUUCCAUCCAGCAGCGUCUCUCACAGUGAGUCCUCCCAGAAUGCAGUUCUUCAGCAAAGAGUCACUGUCACUGAGCUGUGAGGGAAACUCUCCUGAGUGGAGAGUGAGAAGGUUUAUUAAAUAUGUACACCUGGCAUAUUGUUCUUCCUUGGGAACCAUGACUGGAUCUACAUGCAGCAUCAACUCUAUUGGGAUUAGUGGAGUGUACUGGUGUGAGUCUGAAACAGGACAGUUCAGCAAUGCAGCCAACAUCACUGUACAGAGCGGUGAUGUCAUCCUGGUGAGCUCUGUCCAUCCUGUGACUGAGGGACAUUCUGUCACUCUCAGCUGCAGGUUGAGGACAGAAAAGGUUCUUUAUAAAGUGGAUUUCUAUAAAAAUGACAAACUCAUCUCAAAUGAUGCCAGCGGGGAGCUGUUUAUCUCUGAAGUUACAAAGUCAGAUGAAGGUUUUUAUAAAUGUGAAGGAAGAGAUUCACCACAAGGUUUCAGGAGUUUGACGUCACCAGAGAGUUGGUUGUCAGUUAAAUCUGCAACAACAAGCUCUCCAGUUCCCGUGCUGUUGGUUGUUGGUCUGGUUUGUGGAGUUUCACUGAUUAUUCUGCUGCUGCUGGUUCUGUAUUGCUACAGAAAGUCAAAAGAUUCACGCCUCGUGAGGUCUCAGAGCACCAAUCAGAGCCCAGCUACAGACCACGUGACCAACCAGGUUGAAACUCAAAACAAUGCAUAUGCCUCUCUUCUCCAUGGUGAUUCUUGUCUCUAUGAAACAAUCAGAGGCUCUGAAGAACCUGGACAUGGGAACAAUAAUGAACCAGAGGAGAGCGUUUACUCCAAUGUGACGAUGGGAACAGCUGCAGCUUUAUGGAAAAGGGGAGGAAGUUUAACUGAAGAAGAAGGUGGAGAAAACGUCCAAUCCAAUGCUGCAGUUUCAAACUUUGCUCAAAGUGUAAAAGCUACAAAAGCUUCUCAGAAGCAGAGCGGAGUGAGGAUGGGACUCACUUUGUGUUGUGUGCUGGGGCUUUUCUUGAUGAAUAUUCUCCUCGACUGUGGACACGCUCGAGGUUUUUAUACAACUUCCUUUCUUAUUAAAUCUUCACUCAAGACAAUUCUCCACUUAUUGCCACUCUUUUUACACAUUAUAUAUAUUUGGCUGUCCGUUGACCCGAACAGGUCCACUUUCUUUACUGGAGAGUAUGUGACCUUCGUAUGUGACCUGGGGAGAGGAGAAAACCCUGACUGGUAUUACUCCAUCAGCCUGGAUGGAAAAAGAUCUCCCCCCAACAGCCCGAAGAAGAGACUUAAAUCACAAUCUCUAACUUCACGCCACAGUGGUGGAUAUCAGUGUAUCGCGGCUCACAAGAGCUCACCAGCUGUUAUCAUAGAAAGUAAUACAAUCUCUAUAACUGUAACAGAGCGACCAAAGGCCCGACUGAGCAAAGGUUCUCCUGUAGGGGGCAGUGUGUCCCUGACCUGCUCUGUGAGUUCAUCAUCACCAUCUUCAUCUGGUUGGAAAUACUUCUGGUACAGAGGCAAGAAAACCUCUGAACCCCUGAUCACACGAGAUGAUGUUCUCCUCACAAACGGACGAAUCGGUGUCUCACAAGGAGGAGGAGGAGGAGGAGGAGAAGGAGGAGGAGAAGGAGGAGGAGGAGGACGAGGACGAGAAGGAGGAGGAGAAGGAGUCUACUGGUGCAGAGGAGGAAGUGGAGACCCAGUUUACUACACAGAGUACAGCACACCAGCCGUCACUCACAGAGCUGUUGUGACUCUGCAGCCCGACUGGCCUGUGAUUUACUCCGGAGAGACCAUCACUCUCACCUGUGACAUAAAGGACGGAGGAGAAGCUGAGUGGGAGUAUCGAUGGGAAACAUCCAGCUCACCUCGAAACCCAAGUGGCCCCAUGAUCAGACCAUCACACAGUGGAGACUACUGGUGUAGGGGCAGACUGAACCAUGAAACCUCUUCCACUCUACCAAUCAGAGCCCAGCUACAGACCACGUGACCAACCAGGUUGAAACUCAAAACAAUGCAUAUGCCUCUCUUCUCCAUGGUGAUUCUUGUCUCUAUGAAACAAUCAGAGGCUCUGAAGAACCUGGACAUGGGAACAAUAAUGAACCAGAGGAGAGCGUUUACUCCAAUGUGACGAUGGGAACAGCUGCAGGUCAAUAACACAUCUUUAUGGACAGAACCAGAGAAUGGAUGACAACAUGAAAAACCACAUCCUUGUCUUUUUUAUAAUUAUUGUGUGAACUUCUUCUUUCCUUCAAUAAGACAGUAUUUUGUACAGUUAACCUAUUAGCACAUCAUUUAAAGAAAAUACAUCAUCUGGCUUUAAUAUUCAGUUUUACUUGGUGAAAUGUCUUCACUUUAUUACAUAUAAUAAAUCAAAUGUUAGGAAUGAGUGUUUUGUAUAUACAGUUUUCUUCUCUCUUCUGGUACAGUCACUUUGUUGUACACAACUUUGAAUGGAUGAUAAUGCGGAUAUAAAGUCAUCCUCUCUU